GGGAAGUGAACUGUCAUUCCAUUUGCUCUCCAUGCAGCGAGCGGACCGUUCUGGUCGCAGGCAUCUGAAGCUUUAAUAGAUCAGCGGCAGAGAUGGGAUUACGUGUCACUGUCCUCCUGCACUGCACGGAGCUCUGAGACUAAUUCUAGCGAGAAAAUAACCUCCUCUGGAAAAUAAGACAACCUAAACUUUUUUUUAAGGGCCAUGCCGUGCGUCCAGACCCAGUGCGGCUCCUCUCCACAAGGAGCCAGUCCGGCCUCUCAGAGCGUCGGCGGAGAGCGCAGCUGCGACUUCCUCACCCCGGAGUUUGUCAAGUUCAGCAUGGACCUUACCAACAGUGAGAUCUCAGCUGCCACGUCGGGUCCGAGCUUUGGCCCUUUGGGUGACACUUAUGGCGCCGGGUACGACGUGAAGCCCCCGUGUCUCUUCCAAAUGCCGGUACAGGGAGAGCUCCCGUGCGUCAAGGUGGAGGAUGCGCACGGGUGUCCGCGGUAUCAGCCGAAUCAGCAUCACCCGCAGCAGUCCGACGAACUUCUAUCCUCCCCCGGCUCCGUUUAUUAUUACCGCUCCCCGUCGCCGCACACCCCCAUCACAUCCAACUUUCAAACUCCACCGGGACAUAUAUGGGAUGACUCCGGCUCUCUGUACAGUUUUCGACAAGACUAUUUGGCGGCGGCGGCUGCGGCGGCGCACAGGAAAAACACACUCUCCAGAUUCUCGCUGUUUUCACUCAAACACGCGCAACACGGAAGCCAGAGUUUGUCCACCUGCCGAAUGAAAUUUGACGGAUCGCUCCACGUGUCCAUGAAUCUGGACGGAGCCGGAGCGCAUCCGCAGCUGAACAGCCCCGGAGGUUUGGGCUCCCCUUCCCACGAAAAGCAGCCCGCAGUGGGAUUUCCUCACCCGCUACAGUUCGCCCACGGUCACCACUUUAUGGACUACCAGACUUCUUGUGCUCCGAGCCGAGGACCGCUGAGCGCGGAGGGGCUGUGCGCGGUGUGCGGUGAUAACGCAGCCUGCCAGCACUACGGAGUGCGCACCUGCGAGGGCUGCAAGGGCUUCUUCAAGCGCACGGUACAAAAAAAUGCCAAGUACGUGUGUUUGGCUGCUAAAAGCUGCCCGGUGGACAAACGCAGGAGGAACCGAUGUCAAUAUUGUCGCUUCCAGAAGUGUCUCGUAGUGGGAAUGGUCAAAGAAGUGGUGAGGACGGCCGGCUUGAAAGGUCGACGGGGUCGCCUGCCGUCCAAACCUAAAACCCCUCCGGACUCGUCGCCUCCCGUCAGCACCCUCCUGAGCGUGCUCGUCAGGGCGCACGUGGAAUCGAACCCUCCUCCUUCUCGCUUCGACUACUUCAAACUCAAGGAGAGUCCAGCGGGGGACGACGUUCAGCAUGUGCGGCAGUUUUAUGACCUCUUGACCCGAUCGAUGGAGGUCAUUCGAGGUUGGGCACAGAAGAUCCCGGGCUUUACGUCUCUCCUCAAACACGACCAAGACCUCCUCUUCUACUCGGCUUUCCUGGAGCUCUUUGUUUUGCGAUUGUCGUACAGGUCCAACCCAGAGGAAGGGAAGCUGGUCUUCUGCGACGGGUCAGCAUGGCACCGCCUCCAGUGCCUGCGGGGCUUCGGGGAGUGGAUCGACAGCAUCGUUGAGUUCUCCGCCAGCCUGCAGAGAAUGAACCUGGAUGUGUCCACCUUCUCCUGCAUAUGCACACUGGCCCUGGUCACCGAGCGACACGGGCUGAAGGAGCAGAAAAAAGUGGAGGAGCUGCAGAACAACAUCGUCAAGUGCUUGAAGGAUGCCGACGGCCUAUCGGACUGCUGGUCCAACCACUUGUCCAGACUUUUGGAAAAGCUGCGUGAACUUCGCACCCUGUGCAUCCAAGGCCUGCAGAGGAUUUUCUAUUUGAAGCUGGAGGAUUUGGUGCCGCCGCCUGCGGUGAUAGAUAAGUUAUUCCUCGAUACGCUGCCGUUUUAGAGCCGGGAGGAGAACGUUCCUCGGGACUUCUUUGGAUUCAACGCAGUCAUUCCCGUGCGCCACAUAAAAGGGACAUUUUGAAAUCUAAUAUCAAGUUGUUGAAUCACAUUUUUCUCAAAACGUGUAAAGAAGAGGAUAAAAACUAAUUUGUUGUGACCAGAUUCUGGUAAUUAUGUAUUACUGCAAGAAGGGACAAAUUCAUUUAAAGUCAGUCAUUUGAAUUUGCUUCGUCUUAUUUUCUUAAAUUUUAACUUCCAGUCAGAACAAUUAUAUGUUGGAUCCGUUUUACACUUUGAUACGAGAUGUUUCCCAUCGUGUUUUGGUUUUUCAUGACAUAUUAUUAUAUUAUAUUAUUAUUAUAUAUUAUAUAUUCAUAUAAUAUUAAUAUCAA